UAUGCAGUCCUUCAAAUGCCAAUCUUUUCUAUCUAUUCUUCACUUUUAUCAGUUUCCAUUAUUUUCUGAAUUUAAAGCACUAAUUUCCAGCUCUAAAGCUCUGAAAACCCAUCAGAUUUUUCCUUUUCUUUUUUAAUCUUCAAUUACAGCUAACAUAUGGAUUAUUGUAAUACAAAAAAGUGGAUUAGCUGUUUAUUUGCUAAAAUUAUUGUAGUAGUAUUAUCCACUCGAGCCUGGCCUCUUCAGAAUUUAACUGACUGAAGAAUGUCACAAAGCAUUUUUUUUCAGCUUUAUUUUUCUUUUUCUCUCAAAACCAAUAAUGACUCAUGGAAUCUCUAGUGGUUGUCAAUAUAAUUGCAGACAACCAUUUGAGAAUUUCACUCAUUGAAUUACUCAGUUUAGAAAUUGAGAGAUGGGUAUCACUGGAGAACUGGUUAGAAGUGUCUUCUCUAGGAACAGGUCUUUUGGGACUCCCCGAGACACCAGCUUAGCAAGAAGUAAUGUGACCGACAAGAAAAGAUGGAGUUCAGUCAGAUCAUACCUUUGUGGCGAUGAAUUUAAUUCAGUUGUUGCAGAGGAAGAUUCAUGUUCAGUUAAGAGCUCUGAAGCCACUGUUACUCAGCCUAUACCACAAGGUUUAAGGGACCAUCCAGAAAACCAGGGUGAUGAUGAGACCAAGCCAAACAUGCCAGAGGAAACGCACAACUCAAUUUCUAAACUAUUCCAUGCAGAAGAUGCAGCCAUUGUUAUUCAGUCAGCAUUUAGACAAUUUCUGGCCCGGCGUCGAGAUACAGAGAUCAAAAGAAAGGAUGAUAAACAGGAGACACUCACAGGGAGUGAAAGUCCGAGCAGGGACACUAUCGGUACUUCGAUUGAAGUUCAAACUGGAAACUCCGUGGAAAUUUUCUUAGUUCAAGAUGAAAGCAAAGGAGUACAUCACCGAGUUCAACAAAAACCAAAAGCUCAGGUUCUGAGGAUAAAGGAAGACUGGGAUGAUAGCACGGUGAGUAGUAAUAUAUCAAAAAUGAGGAUUCAGAACAAACUAGAAGCGAUGACUAGGCGUGAGAGAGCACUGGCCUAUGCUUUUUCGCAACAGCUUCGAAUCUGCUCCAAGAGAAAACAAGGAAAACCUGAUGGCAUGGAACAGAACAUGAGCUUAAGCUGGAGCUGGCUAGAACGAUGGAUGGCAACCCGUGUUCCAGAGAGCUCACUGGGUGAAAACAAUAACAAACAAUUUGAACCUGUAGACCACAAUCAAAGAUUUGUUAUCAGGAAAGGAAUUAUAGACGGAGCAGGUGAAGAGAAAGAAAGUUGUGGAUCUAAUGAAGUAUCUAUCCAGCUAGAAACCUUACCAGCACCAACUUGUAAGGAAAAACAUCAAUACAGUCCAUCAAAGAACAGGCUUAAAGCUACAAGAAUUAUAUCGAGGAGGAAAACUGUACCAAGCUAUCAACCAUCCAAGGAAUCCAACAAGGUGAGCAAGAAAGAUGGUUCAGGGGAGUGUGUAAAAUAUAAGAAGGCACAAGAGCAAGCAAUCAAGAGGCCAGAAAGAAAUUAAUGCAACAGUGCUAACCAUCAACUCUCACCAGAUCUUUUAACCGCUUGAUCUUCGGAUUUUUAUAAUGUUAGGAGAGAAAUAAGUUGCUACAAGGACUAAGGCUUACUCUGUUUAAUAUGUGGCUUCAACAAAAUGGUAGGUUUCCCUGUAAAUGCUGUCACUAAACUAUUGUUCAUUCUGUAAACUCCUCGAGUUUUGGUUGUUAAGUAUCAAAUAAUAAAGGCUGCUUAAGUAGCUGAACUUGCAACCCAAAAGAUUCCAUAUUCAUGGUCCAAAUGAUUGAAACCUACAUCUGGAUCACUCUCUCAAACAGGCCAGGAGCAAAUGCAUACUGUAUAUAACUAUGCAUCCCACUUCUCAGUCUCACAAGGCUGCAUUUAACCUACAGCUCCUACUGAAGCAUUAGUCGCCUAGAUCAAACAUAUGUUACUUGAACGCAGAUGAGAGUGAGGGUUGAAUAUGGGUCUUUUUCUGACUUUUUAUUCCUCCACUAGAUCAUGAAUACAGUUUUCUUUCCAUGUAAUUGGAAGAUCCUAGGAAAGUCAUAUCCCCAUAUCUAUGCUAGAUGUGUAGACACAGAUGUUGAACGUGAGUAAAUCAAGAAGCAUGAUUACUUCAAGAACAAUUAAGAAUCGGAGAAACAUAGAAUCAAACACCGAGGAAAAUGCUCAAAAUAAGCUUAACUGUCAUUAGUAAAUUUGAGAUAUGGAACACAGUUUGAGCAAAAUUAACAUUACAUCUAAGAAUGAACAUUCACCUCUUACAAAUGCAAACUUAUGCAUUCUGGGAUAAAUCCCAGGUAUUUGCAGGCUUCUUAGCAGCAUCCAUCAACAUUAACAAUAUCCCUUUUCUAACAUUUAAACACAUUAUUCAAACAUAACCAAUUCCAAAACCCUAGAUUUUGUCUAUAUCUUCAUCUUCGAACUCAACAUAAUCAUCUGCACCUCCUUCAUCCUCCUCAUCGACAAUGCCUUCAUUGAGACGCGUAUUCUCUGGGAGCUCACCAUAGGCUUUUAAGAGCCUCGCUUCAUCAGGCAUGUACUUGAGGAUCACAUCAGCCUUAUCAUCCUGAUAGUCACGAAGCCCAACAAGGAUUAUAUCACCAGCAGCAAUCCAAACCUUCUUAUGCAUCUUCCCACGGAUGUGGCAAAGGCGCUUAGUACCAUCGAUGCACAAGGCUUCACACCGGCCAUUGCCUAGCAUUCGAAGCACUUGGG